AGUGGUUCUGACUGCCAGCGUCGUUAGUUGAAUUAAAGCCAGUGCGCGAACAGUUUCAAGACGCUUCAACCAUAAAUCAUACAUAGACAAACAAAAUGAAAUUCACUCUACUUCUGCUUGUGGCCAGCCUCGCCUGUAUCCUGGCCGCACCUGCUCCCGCCGCCGAGGAGCAGCAAGAGUCCUCGGUGAAGGCCAAACGGGGCUUGUCCUUGGGACUGGGCUACCACCACGCCCCCCUGGUCACCCAUUCGCACUACAUCUCCGCCCCCACGGUGGUGCACCAUGCCCCGAUUAUCUCGCAUGCACCGCUCAUCUCGCAUGCACCGCUCAUCGCCCACGCCCCCCUGAUCGCCCACCACCCGGUGUCCUCGCUGUCGUACCACCUGCCCAGCUACCACUCCAUCCACCACUUCUAA